AUGACAUUGCAACCAAAUUCAUCCAGUCCCACUUACAACCACCGGAGCCAGUCGAUAUCGCUUGACAACCAGACGUCAGAUCGUUCAAGUGCCGGUAGUGGGUAUCUAGAUGAACCUCCAGAACCACAAGAACUACCGUCUUCUUUGUCUCUAUCGUCUUCAACGGCAACACUAGGCCCGCCUCAUACCACUGGUGAUAUCCCCCUAGCAGAUCUAGACAAGGACUCAAAGUAUCUUGCAACCCGCACCAAAAACAUGUCUUUAGCCGAUUUGUUACAAGGGGCCGACUACGAAUCGGAUCUAGACGACGAUUCUCACUCCGCACACCGAUCCACCACCGGAUCUGCAUUCCACAAUGACAGCGGCCGCCUAGCAAAGUACACACUCAAAUUCAGCCAGUUUUUUCACAGACUAUGGCAAGGUCCAAUCGAACCAAAAGACGAACCAGCCCCAAGGAUCCAGCUGUUGUUGUAUUUGGAAGAGAUUCCCCUUAAAUUCAAAAAUCGAAUAUCUUUGCCAUAUCGAAAAGCAUUGCUUGCUUUGUAUCUAACCUUUUGGAUUGCGUUGGUCUACUCGAUCUUGGUCCCUUAUUUCACAGUGCCUCCAUAUUCAUCCAAAGAUCCCAACAACAACAACAACAGCGGCACGAAAAUCUAUUCACUUUCAUGUACAGAUCCCAGUGAGUUUUGGUUUGGCAAGAAUGCCGCUUGUGGAAUGAAUGGAGAACAUUGUCCUGAAGUGUUUAAUCACUUGACUGACCCCGAUCAGGACAUUAUCAUUCGAUGCCCCGCACUAUGCGAUCGAAGCUGGACUUUUUCACAAUUGCCCGUUGGCGACCAACUAAUUAAACACCGAGGCUAUUUCAUAGGAGGCGGCGACAACGUUGCUGAUAAAAUCGAUCCAAAUCAAUUGUCCAACCCUUAUAGAGCCGACUCUUACCCAUGUGGCUCCGCGGUGCAUGCUGGUCUCGUGUCUCCAUUUUGGGGUGGAUGUGCUAGAUUAUCGUACAAAAGCGGCGAGCAGUCAUUUUUCAAGUCGGCCAAGGGGCAUUAUGGAGUUGAUGCUUCCAUUGCAUUUGAUUCCUUUUUCAAAUCGUCUUUUUUUUUCAAAAAUUUGAGGUGGCAAGGGGAAACCUUUACUCAAUGUAAUGACCCGAGAAUGGUCAUAUUGGUAAUCAACAUUGUAUUAGGGCUCCCCAUCAUCUAUUUAGCUAGUGGAGCAGUAGCCUACUGGGUGCUUUCCAUUUGUGCCUUUUGGACCAUUUGCCUAGCAACCGACCCCAGAAUCACCGUUGACCCAUCAAAACCUGAAGAUUUGGCAGCGUUGAUUUCGCUUGGUUUGGAAAGAUUUCUACCCACAUGUUGUAUUUUAUAUAUGCUAUGGCAUUGUUCCACCAAGAGGACUUUACAAGAACCAGAGGAGCCACAGGAACCACUAGAACUACAAGAUUCGGAUUCACCCAGUGAAAAAGUAUCAUAUCUCAGUCGAGUCUUAUUAUUCUACCCCUUGUUUUGGUUGGGAGUAUUAAACAACGUCACUUUUGAUCGAUUACCAACCGACAGAUUGGUCUGGAACGACUUGAUAGAACAACCAGGGGCAAUGAUUGCCGUCUCGUCGCUUGUCACGUUGAUCUUCUCAUGCGCCGUGGUGCAAGGCUACAAGUUAUGGCUCUCGGGCCGGUUUCAAAAAUACCUAUUCAUUUAUUCCCUAUUUGUGGUGGGACUUGUAGUUGUUGCAAACAUACCGGGCCUCACCUUGAGGAUCCACCACUACAUAUUAGCCAUGUUGUUGAUUCCAGGGUGCGCCACCAGAGGCAGAACAGCGCUAGUGUUCCAAGGUAUACUUUUGGGGUUAUUUUUAUCGGGUGCCUCGGGGUGGGGGUUGGCCUCGAUUGCCGAAACCCACCUUGCCUUGAAACGAAACGACCCCAGCGGAGCGUUGGAGCCACCCUUGAUCACCUUGUACGACGAAAGAUCGGGCUUGCUCAACUGGCAAAACAUCACUACCACCAACGCAUAUAAAAAGUAUACUUCGGUUUCAUUGUUGAUCAACGAUCUUGAAGAGUACAUACUGGAGCCAUUGCAAACCAAUAUCAAUUUGAGGUCCAUACUCACCAACUCUUCAACGCCGAUCUACAACUGGAUCCAAAAGAGUUUGCAGGAUGGAAUCAAAGAUGACCGAGGUAAUAUCCCCAUCUAUUUGCGACUUGGCUGGAAAAUCCCAAACACAAGAAUUUACAGCGACUACUCAAAGGCCGCUGUGUUGAAGUGGCCCAGCGGGGAAUUGACCUUACCAUUACCAGGAAUGACCUGA